CCGCGCCCGGCCCGACCCGCGGCUGCUGGGCGACGCGCGCGUGCUGCGCAGCCUGCUGCGCCUGGAGGAGCGCUACGUGCCGCGCGCCUCCUACUUCCAGUGCGUGCAGAAGGAGAUCCAGCCGCACAUGCGGCGCAUGCUGGCCUACUGGAUGCUGGAGGUGUGUGAGGAGCAGCGCUGCGAGGAGGAAGUCUUCCCCCUGGCCAUGAACUACCUGGAUCGCUACCUGUCCUGUGUCCCCACCCGAAAGGCGCAGUUGCAGCUCCUGGGCGCGGUCUGCAUGCUGCUGGCCUCCAAGCUGCGCGAGACCACACCCCUGACCAUCGAAAAACUCUGCAUCUACACGGACCACGCCGUGUCUCCCCGCCAGAUGCGGGAGUGGGAGGUGCUGGUCCUGGGGAAGCUCAAGUGGGACCUGGCGGCUGUGAUCGCGCAUGAUUUCCUGGCCCUGAUUCUGCACCGGCUGUCUCUGCCCAGUGACCGGCAGGCCUUGGUCAAAAAGCACGCCCAGACCUUUUUGGCCCUCUGUGCCACAGAUUACACCUUCGCGAUGUACCCGCCGUCUAUGAUUGCCACGGGCAGCAUCGGGGCUGCAGUGCAGGGCCUGGGCGCUUGCUCCACAUCCGGUGAUGAGCUCACCGAGCUGCUCGCGGGCAUCACGGGCACAGAAGUGGACUGCCUGCGGGCCUGCCAGGAGCAGAUUGAAGCUGCACUCAGGGAGAGCCUGCGGGAGGCCUCCCAGACAGCCCCCAGUCCAGCGCCCAAAGCUCCCCGGGGCUCCAGCAGCCAGGGGCCCAGCCAGACCAGCACACCCACAGACGUCACUGCCAUCCACCUGUAGCCCCAGACAGGCACCGCCUGGCUGCCUUACGGCGGAGGGUCCCCUGCCACCCCUCCCUGCCUUUGGAACAGUCCUCACCACAUCUUUAAGCCUGAGGGGCUGAGUCCUGCCUUUCUUCGUCUGCACUAAGGGCUGCCCAGCCAUGCUGGCGUCCAGCUCCUCCUCCUCCAUCUGAUCAGCUCAGCUCCUUCUCGGCUCUGGCGAGGGCCACGCUGGCCAGAUGGGAUGGGAGUGCUCGAGUCCCUGCACCAGCAUCUUCUAGAGACUGCAUCUCUGGCGCUUUCUUAACUGAAAUGCCUGUGCCUUCUAAGAUGUUGCCCAUCCCUGGGCCCACUGCGUUCGGAUGUGUGCUGUGGGCACCCUGCUGCACUUGGAGGGGACAGUCUGCUGCUCCUAGAGGGAAGGCCUAGCCUCGGCCAGAGGCGCUCUCCUCGCUUUGCUUCCCGCUCAGCUGCUGCUGUGUGCUUGGCGCUCAAGUGGCCCUGUUAAUUUAUUAUUGCUCAAGUACAACUGUAAGGGGUGCAGGAGCCCUGGCCAGUGCUGCUUCUCUCCCUUCCGCUGCCGGCUACAGGAGCUUUGUGGCCCAGGAGCUGCUAUAGCCUGGGACGGGGCCAUGCCCUCCUCUCCCUUUGUGCCCUGUCCCUUCCUCCAGCAGGGAGGACAUUGGAAGUGGCCAAGCCCCCACUGGAGAGGGAGGCAAGCUCUGUAGACACAGGCCUUUCCUAACCAAUGCCACAAGGUUCAGGCUGGUGGCCUGGGACCACCACGCUGCCUUAAUAAAGAUUCUGGAAGAAAACUG